AUGAAUUAUUGCCAAAAAAAAAUAUCUGAAGGAGGUCUUGGUGAUUUAAAUUUCCCUUUAUUAUCUGAUUAAGAUAGGUAAAUAUCUGUAAAUUACGGAGUUUAUAUUGAGGAAGAUUCAUAGGAUUAUUAAAAAGGUGCAUGCUAUAGAUCUACAUUUAUAAUUGACUAAAAUUUAAUAUUAAGACAUAUAUCAAUAAAUGAUAUAUCAAUAUCAGUAAAUCCUGAUGAAAUUUUAAGACUUGUAAAUACAUUUUAAUAAAAUGAUAAAUAAAAUCCUUAAUAAAGACCAAGUAUAAUAUAAGGAUGUCCAUUUGCAAAUCAAAUGCGAUAACGUGUAAGUAAUCCCGAUAUAGAUACAUUUUCCCGGUAUUAAAAGAAAAAAGUUGAAAUUGAAGAUGAAAAUGAUUAAAAAGUGAAAGAUUUUAUACCUCCAAAUGGUCGUUAGAGUGUUUUAAGUAAUUCAAAUAAACUAAACACAAUAACUAGGGAAUCAUAAUAAAAGGAUUUACUAAAAAUCAAUAAGGAAAGUUAAAAAACAUUAUUUGAUAGGUUAGGUGGAGAUGAAUAAAUAGAAGAAUUAACAGAUAGAUUUGUAUAAUAUAUGUUCUAAGAUUCUCUAUUAAAGUCUUUUUUCAUGAAUACAACUAAUUAAAGUAAAUAAAAAAAACUUAUUUCGGCCUUUUUUAAAUCCUAUUUUGGAAGUGGAGUGCGCUAUUAGGGUAAAAGUAUGUAAGAAUCUCAUAAAAAUCUGAAUUUAAAUGACGACCAUUUCAACAAAAGUUCUGAAUGUUUAAAAUAAGCUUUAAAAGAAUUAAAGUAUUCUCCAUAAUUAAUAUAAGAUGUAAUGAUUUUUGUAGAACCUUUGCGUUCAUAAAUAACUUAAAGGCCAUGUUUAUCUCUAUAUGAUAGAGUAGGUGGAGAAUAGGGAAUAUAAAAAUCCAUAAAUGCUUAUUUUGACAAAAUAAUGAAUAUAAAAGAAAUAAGACCAUAUUAUAGUAAAGUUGAUUUGGAAAAAACUAAAGAUCUCUACAUAUAAUAUAUUAGUUUAGUUUUUGGAGGACCAAAAAAAUACUUAGGAAAAUAAAUGAAGUAAUGUCAUUAAAGCUACAAUAUUCCAGAUAAGCUUUUUAAUUAUUGUGUUGCAUAAAUAUAGUAAUGUUUUAAAGAAAAUGGGGUUGAAACUAAUAAUUUGAAUGAAAUUGGUAGACUUUUAGAAUGCUUAAAAUAUGAAAUUCCGAAAAAAUCUAAUAUUUUAUUCGAUAGAUUAGGAGGAACGGCUAUCCUUUAAAAAGUUGUGAAAAAAUUAUAUGAAGAAAAAGUACUUCAUGAUCCAAAGUUAAAGGAUUUCUUCAAAAAUAUCAAUAUUGAUUAAUUAUAACUUAAACUUGUUGAAUUUUUUACAAUGAUUACUGGUGGAGCACAUAAUUAUUAAGGAAAAAGUGCAAAAGAUGCUCAUAAAACAUAUAAUAUAAUGUCUUUUCAUUUCGAUAUUUAUAAAAAUCAUCUAAAAGACUCUCUAUUAGAAUUUUGUUAAAAUAAAGAAGCUAUAACUGAGUUUCUUAAUCUCUUAGAUACUUUAAGAGUUGAUAUUAUAGGAGGAAAACCUCCUUCUUUAUUUGAAAAAAUGGGCGGCGAAGAUGCUAUAAAUGCUUUUGCGGAAGGAUUAUUCACAAAUAUAAUGAAUGAAAGAAGGAUAAGGCAUUAUUUUGAAAAUGUAGAUUUAAAACCAUGUAAAUAACAUUUUAAAGAAUUCCUUUAUAUGACUUUAGGCGGACCUUCAAAAUAUAGUGGUGAAAAUGUAAGAGAAUUACACGAAUAGAUGGAUAUAAGUACAAAAGAUUUUAAUGUAUUUAAAGAAUUAGUUGAAAAAACUGUACCAUGUAUAGGUAUUGAAAAAUAAAAUUAAAUAGAACUAAUUUAAUUUUUUGAAUCAAUGAGAUAAAUGAUUGUUACUGUAGAUUGA